AAUUUGAUAAUUUCCCCUUAUGUUCUUAAACACGGCAGUUCGUGCAUGCUACUAGCUUCACUUGUUUGAAGUUAGCCGAUGUUGACGGGUUUUUGUUUUUCUGCUUUUAAAACUGUUACAAUAUUCGUGCUUUUGGCACUAAAGUGUAGACGACGAGGGACAUUUGAACUCAGUCUCAUGUGCUUUAACAUUUAAGAGGUCAGAUGGCCUCCCCGACCCUCGGCCAGUCGGUUCCUCUGGUCCAGAACCUGGAACCCGGCAUGGGGAAGUCUGCUGCCAUGCUGGGGCUCUCUGUGGGGCUGGAGGGAGCGGAGAAGGAGCUGCACAAGAUGCUCAUCGACGAGAGGAUGAAGAGUGAAAUCCACAAGACCAACUACCAGACGCUGAAAGCCGAGCACACCAGCCUGCAGGAGGAAUUUGUCCGGGCGCAGACGGAGCUGAAGCGCCUGCUGAGCGACCGGCAGUCUCUGCAGGAGAAGAUGCAGCUGCUGCAGGCAGAGCUGAGGGGACAGCUGCUGGACAAAGCCAGGGAGCUGGACCAGCUCCGGCUGCAGGUGAUGACUCCCGAGAGGAUGGAGCUGCUCAGAGCUCAGGUGCAGCAGGAGAUGGAAGCUCCAGUGAGGGAGAGGUUCAACAAGCUGGAGGAGGAGGCGGAGAAGUACAGGUCCGAGUACAACAAGUUGCGGCACGAGUACACCUUCCUGAGGUGCCAGUCGGAGCAGCAGAGAGAGGAGCACAGCCGCGUGCUGGAGGAGACCCGGAUCUGCUUCCAGGCAGAGAUCGCCCGUCUGGAGAAGGACCGAGAGGACCUGGUGGCUCAGUAUCAGGACUCGGACCAGGCGCGGGACGGGCAGCGAGUGGAGGCUUUGCUGAGGGAGAAAUCCCAGCUCCACCUGCGCAUGAAAAGCCUGGAGGCGGAGGUGGCGGAGCUCCGAGCCCUGAAGGAGAACUCGGGCCAGCAGGCCGAGAGCGUGCAGCGGAUCCAGAUCAGGCAGCUGACGGAGUCUCAGGCGGCGGUCAAGUCACUGGAGGCGGAGCGGCAGUCACUGCGCCUGCAGCUAGAGCACACGGCGAGCGAGCUUCGUCUGAGCCUGGAGCAGAACGGCCAACUGACCGGGCGGCUGCACAAAGCCGAGCGAGAGGUCAGCUCCCUGUCCUGCCAGAUGGAGAGCCUGAAGCAUUCCCACAAGCUGGAGAUGGACCGGCUGCGCCUGGAGUGCACUCGCUCCAAAGCUGAGCUGGAGAGGGAGCGGGACGCCCUGCAGGGACAGACCGAUGGUCUGCAGACAGACGUGGAGGUGCUGAAAGCAGCCGUGAGCCGACACAAGGAGGUUCUACUGGAGAAAGAGAGGGACGCCGUCAGGAGGGUGCAAUCCGCUCGGGAGGAGGAGUGCCGCAGAACAGCCGCCCUGCACGAGGAGAAGCUGGAGCUGGAGAACCGGCUGUCGGCACUGGAACAGCAGAGGGCGCUGCAGGACGCCUCAGAGCAGGCGCUGAGGGAGGAGUGGGAGGAGCGAGUGCACGGCGCCCAGCAGGGGGAGGAGUUUGCACGCAGAGAGCUGCAGAACCUCAGGAUGAAGCUGCAGCAGCAGAACCUGCAGCUGGAGGAGCAGGAGAGACAAAAAGCUGAAAUUUCUGAUCUGCAGCAGCAGAACCAGGAGCUCCUGGCUAAAGUGGGCGUGCUGUCGGACGCUGAGAGUGAGCUGACGGAGGCGAGCCGCAGGCUGCGGGAAAGUCUGGAGCGAGUGAGGGGGGAGCUGCGGGCGGCGCGGGUCCAGGCUGAGAGGAGCCAACAAGACGCAGAGAGGGCGAUGGAGGACCGACGGGUGGAGUGGCUGGAGGAGAAGCACAAGCUGCAGGACAGGGAGGCUGAGCUGCAGCAGAAGUACUCCCAGCUCAAGGAGAAAGUGCAGAGAGCAGCUGUGGCUCAGAAGAAGAGAAAACACCAGACGGAGAACCGAGAGAAGAGGCUGAAGGACAAGAUUCAGCUGCUGGAGGCACAGGUGGAGGAGCUGGAGCUGGAGGCUGCAGCUGCUAAGAAACGUCCAGCCCUGUCGGAGGAGCACGCUCAGCUGCACAGACGUCUGAGGGAGCUGCAGCGCCGCCACAACGAGUUCCGCCGCCUCCUGCUGGGCAGUCAGGGUGUGUUCGGCCCGGCGCCGCUGACCUCCUCCGCCACCCCUGCCCCCCUCCUCCUGUCAGAGGGACUCCUGUCCAAUGAUCCAGUAAGUACGGACGCCGACUUCUCCGUGCUGCGCCGCAGGCUGGAGAACCUGGAGAGCGCCCAACAGCAGCAGCUGGAGGAGCUGGGAUCUCUAGUGCAGAAGGAGGCGGCUCCUCAGCCUGACCUCUGACCCACGUUCACCUCAGCUUCUUCAUCACAGCUCACAAAAGAGUUUUCUUUUUUUUUCAAGCAAAAAAUACUAUUUUUAUAACUCUGUGAAACGGGUAAAAAAGAAAAGACUCAGGGUUUCAUUUCUGUAUAAAGAUCUUUUUUUACAUGUUUAAUGUAUUGAUAUAAAAUGUGUAAAUUGUACAGAAACGGUUGGAUUCCCUGGUGUGUAAACUCUGACCGGACGUUUGCUCCACGCGUCCGUCAGUCAGUUCCAGGAGCAGCUCUUCAGUCCAUCGAAGGACUCUUUAACGUGAUGCAGCUGCUCCGUCAGCUCGGCGGGGGCGCCGCUCUGCUCCAGUUUGUCCUUGAUCUGUAGAAGAACCAAACAUUUCAGAUGCAGGUGAGAGGGACCCCCGCUUUAAAAAAA